GGCGUGCGUGAUUUUUUCCUCGACCAGGUGCGUUGAAAUCUUAAAUCUUGAAUCAUUAAAUAUAACUUCGUCAUUUUGUCAGCUGCAUUUGAAUCGUUUGGAUUACUUUUUUAAUUUGAAGGCAAACCAAUAGUCUUAUCCACAUCGCUUUUCCAAACACAACAACAAGAUUGUAAAAUGGCGCAAAAUUUUUCUUCGUUAUGUACUGUAUACUUGGGUGAAAUAUGAUUUUUCGUUUACGGACUCAACAAAAACAGUUACUAGUCAAACGAAAUUGGAAGGCAGCGCAAAAGUUCAGUUACUUUGAGGUAUACAGGGUGAUAUGUAAAAUUUCUAGGUCAAAGCCCUUUGCUCACUUACUGUACACAAUGAAUUAUUAUGCUUUGUCAACGAAAGCAUUUUAUUCCAUUGUGGCUGUGCCAGAAAGAAUUUCAAGAGAUACAAAACAGGACGCGUAGAUGAGCAGGACAUUCCAUUUUUCAUGCUGUUAGUGACUAAAUGAAAUUAUUCUCUUAUAAGGACGGUUCUGAAAAACCUUUCAUAUUUUUUGUUCUGACAAUUUCUCUUGCCUAAAUCAACCAAACUAUACAUUACAACGUGCUAGCUCUCACGCAUUGCCAUUACAGCAUGGAACCCUUACCGAUAUGGUUUGCAAUAUCACUUUUUUUCAUCGCCCAGAGUGACUCCAGUGAAACGUAACUGACCCACUAAAAGCGUCGUUAAAGUUUUUGUCAGAUCUGCCUUGCUUUUAAAUUGGGCAACGAGAACUGGCAAUAUCAAAGGACAAUAUUCGUAAGUUGUUUCCCUAGAAAUUUUACAAUAAAUUCGUUACCUGUUCAGUCGAUGUGCACAAGGCAAGUGUGGACUCAUUGUCUCAAGGAAGCAUUUAGUCAUUGUUCUAUGAAUUUUAGAACAGGCGAAGUUCAUUGCGUGGUUAAGUUUAAGUCGUGCCAGUGAAUAAAUUGAAGAGUGAUGGUUACAUAUCGUAGAGUUUCAUUAGCCAGAUUUGCACGAAGAUCCGAUCUUUUUUUUACACUAAACUUUGGUCGGCCUGUUAAAAUCAAGUUCUCACGUAUGAAGGAGCAACUAGUGAGAAUGUUUUCUCCCCUCAGUUAAAACAUGACCUAUUAAAGUAAAGGCCUCGAAACUGUUGUAAUGUUUUAAUGUAUCACAUCAAUGUUCUAAUUUUGUUCGCUUUGGCUGUUGUCGGAUGAUACCACGCCAAUCCGAUCGAGUUCCACUAAAUUGAGUUUCAAAUCUUUUUUAAGGAGUAACUCAAUAUCCUCUCAUCUUAGUGUUUGAAAAACAGUGGUAAAUUUUAGGUUCUAUGAAUAAUGUACAUGUAAUCGAAAACUGAUUUCUUUUCUAGAGACAAGCAAGAAUGAUCAGAAUAAGAUCAUGAGGAUAAGAUGUUCGUGUCCCUUGUUGUUAACAACAGCUUAAUUUCAAAGUAGGUUGUGAUGCAUGUUCUGACUUGCUUCUGACAGGGUUUUAAGCUUGUUUCUCGGUAAACAUUCUCGAUGGGAUGCCUUUUUUGUUUUGUAUAUUCUUAAAAUCAAUCUGUUAAUGAAAUUUAGAAGCUCUUAUCACACCAAUGUUGGUUAUUGAUAUCAGUGGUAAAGACUGAAAGAGCUUGCAUCGAGAUAUCGUGUGGGGAAGUAACUUAGAUGUAACCGUUCAAAGAAAGCUUACAGCACUCAUGCUGUUAUUUUACACAAUACCGAUGUCGCAAGCUAAGGCAAUUUACGUGAGAAGCAAAGUUAUCAGUUUGUUGAGAAAUUGUUAUACAGGGUCAGUCGGCAGGGAAGAGAUUUAACGCUAAAUUGCCUGUCAAAAUUUAAUAUAAUUCAAAUGGACACAAUACCCUUGGCUUUUCGAAUUCACUUUAGAGGCUUGCCUUCCGCUAUCAACCUCUUGUUGAUAAACAAGCAAAGAAAAAUCUAAUAGUUUUGUUAUGCAAUUUUUUAAAAUUCGCUAUUUAACUCAAUUAGAGAAUCGAUUUACUACUGGAUAACACAGUAACUUACUUCAACCCAUAUCUUUGGUACAUGAGGUCAAAUAAUCAGCUCUGUGCCAGUCCAUUGUCUUUUUAUUUGAAUCCUACAACGGUGUUCAUUUCUUUUUCUUUUCGAUGAGAGAAUCUGCUUCGAAUUUCGAGAAUUCAAAUUCUGUCUAGCUAAGUUGCUUUAUGUAAAAUAUAUAGACGAGUAACCAUGGGUGCAUCUCUCAAGUAACUUUCAUUGAACUGGAAUCAUGCUUCGACGACGAAAGGGCCGAGUAAAGAAAGGCAAACAUGUCAAGUAUCGUGGAUGAAAUUCAGUUUAUGAGAUUAAUGGGAGUCUAAGUGAAUAAUGUGUAAAUGUUAUUACGAGGCAAGAUGACCUUGAAUUUGUGAUACAGAACACAGAUGGAAUUCGCGCACUCAUUUCCGGAAAAAUAAUUGAAUAGAACUGGCCGUAAACUACAAACAGUUGUUAAUGUGCGGUCGUUCCAUCAAAUAAAAUCAGUUGUGAUUUUUUAUUUUUCUUUAUGAUAACCUAACUUUCGUUCGAACAUUGUUCAGUAAAUUGAAUACUGAAAAUGCAACUUGCAAAGUAGACUCUAAGAUAUGCUUGACUUGCAUCCAAUUGCAACAUUAUUUAGGGAACUCCAUGCCUUUCCGUGUUAUGUUGUUCAGUAGCAAGCCUGAACUGAAACUAAAACUGGUCCUUCAUCCGUCUGAGAAUUCAUUUUAAUACGCAGAGGAAAAGGCACUUCAUUGAGUCUCUCAUCUAGACUCUUAAUAGUUCACGAAUCAACUUAGCAGCGACAGCUAAAAUGCAGGUAUUGCAGGCAUUCCUCUUGAGAAAGACUGUUUUACAGUUGGGUUUUACAACGGAGAUUGAUCAAUGCAAAAACUUUUGACAGAACAUCAUAAUAGCAUUGAGCACUGAUGGAGCCUAGUCGUUCGAAAAAGCUCCAAACAAAGAGCGAGGCAAACAGAGCACUAAAUUCAUAGGUCGCAAAAGGAGCAUGGAAUCUUUCUUUCUCUGCCAAGGUUCAACACGUUUAAUCCAGAAGUGCAAGGGCCGAGGGUUCAAUGUUGUAUUUAUGUUGUUCUUAACAAGGACAAAAGCUCUUCAAAACAGGGUAAAGAAUAUCCCACACAGUCAUAAAACGUCAGCAAAAGGCGGACUGUACUUCUUGCUGAAGAGAGAGAUAAUCGGCGGAUUAGCCAAGCGCGAAGAACUGUUUGGUCCAUUUUAUUAGGUAACACUUUUAGUCCCAUAUUCACUGUUGUAAGCUUGUAUGAUUAACAAUGAAAUUUGCUAAUUGAAGUGCUUUAAGACUGUUUUAGGCAAGACAAACGAUUAGUUUUGCUAAUAAAAUUAUGUAAUAUGAAGUCAAAUUUGUAUCUUUCUAGCUGUGGGCUUCUCUUUCCAUGAAAAUCAUGGCGCACGUCGAAAACGAAAGAAAAGCCGAAAAAAAACUCUUAUAUUCAUUAGAUUAAAAAUUAGAGGGAAUUGAUGAUGACGAAUGCAAAAUUAAUUGUUUUAAGCGGGAAGACAACUGUUGUGAGUCGUAAAUGGCGGUACCCUUGAAGACGGCGAAAGAAACCAGCAAUAAAAGUGUUGUUGUAACUCUCCAACACUUUGCAGCCCGCAAGCAGAAUAAUUUGGCCUGUUGCUACUUUUGGUUAAUAGACUUCUCAGAGCGUUUACCGUUUCGGGUAAGUAACUUUACCAAAUUGUGAAACGUAACUGACUUGUCGAAGCACCGCUCACCGCGAAAACAGGGUGUAUGCAAUUAGCGUUGGCAAGACUGAAAAUAUAUGGAAAACUUUUACGAGAAACUUUGGGUCAUUUGUUGAAAAACACACAGAAAAGCUUUGCAGAAGACUUGAAAAGACAGAGGUAAAAAAUUAUUGUAAUAAGCUAUAGAAAAGAGACAUUUCUUUGAAAAAUAGGGAAGCUUCAGUGAAAUGUAACUCAGAGUCAAUAUUUGAUAAGUUUAUUUGUUUCAGUCUUCCCGGCCCAACCGUAUGUUGUGUUAGAUUUGGCGUCAACCUUCAGCUCAAAUCGGACGGCAAGAAAGAAAAGAGGCAAUGUUGCAUUUUGCGAGAGAGAAUACAGCUUUUCCCUAGAUAUAAAGCGUUUACAUUGUGUGACUGACUUCCAAGCCUUAGGCAUGCACGCCAUUGGAUUUGGGCAAAAAUCCAGCACUCCAACUUAAUAGCCGACGGAUUUCCUCUAGACUUGUAAGAGGCUGCCGGAAUUUUCCGUGAGGGCGUUAUGGAAUAGCAAGUCUUUUUUUUAAUUUACUUUUUCUUCAAUCAUAGUUUAGAUUCUAUAUUGUAUGCAGCUAUAAAUAGCAAGAUAAGAGUUGCAAGGUGAUGAAUCAGUCCUUAUUACAGUUACUUCGACUGAACUGAUUAACUUAACGUUCGUGUUGCGCAUGGCUAGUAGAGCAAACAAAGAACAUAUUCUCCGGUGUUUAACCAAAUCAUUACAAAGAUCACUUUGUUCAAUUGCUGGGCCUUGAACUGUAAUAACCUCAACUGUACAGAUGUCGACGAAAGUUUAACAGUGUUUUUGGAGGUUCUUCUCUUUUGUCAUGCUUGGAUAAAGGUGGGAAUGAAGUGACCAUCUAGUUGCAACUCCAACAGAACUUGUAGGUUAUAUAAACAACUAAAUCAUGAUUGCUGGGAGUGUCUUAAUCCUCGCGAGAAAUACCUUCUGCAAUUUCUUGAUUAAUGAUCACGUUAAAAAGAGACCACGUUUGUAAAUUAUCUUUGUAUCACUGCGCUUCAAUAUUCUUAUUUCAGGAAGCAGUAUCGGAUUUCUGAAAUGAUACCACCUUUUCUAAAUGCAGUCUUCGGCAUAGAAGAACACUGCAUACUGCCAUAGUUGGCUCAAUUUGAAGCACGUAUAAUGUACUAAUGUAGCGUUGUUGAGCAAGGAAGUCAUGAAACGAUAAAAGUCGUUCAUUAACUCCUUCAAGUUUAAUGAACGAUAGCAUGACAUCAUUGGCUGACAAAAGAUAGACUACAUUUUAUCACUGGCAUGUUCUAGCCUCUCCCGAUCGCUUUACGCACGAUACAGCUACUACGCGAUAUUGCACCUCCCUUGUCUAAUCGAGCUUUCAAGCGAAACGGGGAGCAUAGAAAGUAUGUUAACAACAAGGCCAUAUAUUAUUUGCAGUCAGAUCCCAGAAAUUUGAUUUUUUUUUCUUCAUUACCCUUAAUAAAACCUUCCUUUAAGGAUGAGUGAUUUUUCUUAUAAGCCAGCGUAACUGAUAUGGUUGAAAACUCUAUUUCUUAACUAUCCGCAUGAACCAUAAGUCAGUUGAAAAUCACUUCGCCUUUUUUAAACGCGUCAAAUUUAGCUAUGAGCUCAUCAGUUGUGGGUCGUUACAAUAUAUUCUACGUUGUAGAACCUUCACAGUUAUAAUUCAGUUCGACGCCUUUUUAAUACAACGCGGGUUUGCGACAUGCAAGGUUAUUUUUAAAUUCAAUCCAACGCUAACAAUAUUAGUAUUACUUUCCCUCAUCGAACAAGUAUCCAUCGCGAAUCCAUCGGACAUCCGGUGUGAUAAGUAAGCGUGCAUUUCCUGAGUCAAGUGGGUGAGCAGCCGUCGACAAUUGGAACGAGAUAAAGCAAUUGUAUAUUGUAAACAUUUGAACAAAAUGAAAUGUUUAUCCUGAAGCAAAGGAAGAAUUUAAAGGACAGCGCAGUCGCUAAGGCGAAGUAGUAUCAUUCGAAACUAGCUGAGUGAUUUCUCACUUCUGUGUUCACGAAGCUUUGUCAUAUCUAAGCGCGUGAUCCCUUUGUUUUCUCAGACCCUCCCAAUAAGCUUUUUAUGUCAGCGUAUUAAAAAAAUAUUGAUAUUAAUAAAAGAAAAAUAAUGAAAAUCUGGCAUUAAACCAAGGUCCGAUUAAAUUCAACCGCUUGAAUAGUGCGUAGAUAUCGUUGACAGCUCGGGUUUGCUUGGCAAUUACAGCGCAACCACAAGGCUGAUAUAUUCCAUUUUCGAUAUCGUUGAAAAAGUUAAAGCGAACGCCUCUACAAUUUGAAUGAGUUUUGAAUAUUGCGCGAUCGUCGCGUGACUGUAGAAGAGAAUCGAGUGCAGAAGGAUUUUGUCAGAGUUCUCUUAAUUCUUUGAGAAAUAAUUUCUUUUGAUUAAAAAAAAAACAUGCAGAAGUAAACCUUAUUUAUCCUGCAUCAGUUGUCGCCCAGUAAUUGUGGUAUUAAUUUACUGACGGCCGUUCCGGUGUAAUUGCGAAAUCGCGCAAAAUCUCUGCGGCCGCCAGUAUUUAACUAUCAAGAAUGGUGAAAAUGCUUCUAGCAAAAUCUUGCGAUCUCUUUUCCCUUUUUUUACGGGCAAUUGCACCUCAAUUGAAUCCCUCAUCCGGUCAUCGUUCUCGUUAUUCCUGGUGAAUCCUUUGCCUUGAAGAAGAAGAAAUUUUAUCGCUCGUUGGUUAUUUCAAUGUUUAGUCUUGAUCUCUUGCGUGGGCUGAAUGACGUCAUAACCCUACACGAGAACAAUGGGUUGAUUAUAGACAAGGCCGUGGGACGUGUUCAUGCAUUAUUUAAAUACGACAGACGUGCUUGAAAUCGUGAAACUGAUCUUUUUGCAUCGCUCCUGGAGAAUAAUAUUUAGAAAGGCUAAACGGUGUCGGGAAUAUAUGUAAUUCUUCGGCAGCGACGAAUUUUGGCGAUGUCAUCGUUAGAGUUGGCGACAAACUUCAACUUUUUACGAGUUCCUGUCGAGUUUGGCGGAAAUGUGACGGGGAAAUGUUUCCUAGCUGAAAACGGAAGGAACUUGAUUUAAAAUUGGACUAUUGUGAUUUCGUAGGCAACAUUUCGGUUUCUGAAAAUCAAAAUAAUGGCCAAAUUUAAUUUUGCGUUCUCUCUAAGACAAAUUGGCUGGCAGACACAAAGUUAGUCUUCAUGACAGAACAAUGAAAUACCGUAAUAGUAAACUCGCUAUUCACUAAAAUGGUCGCUUUCCAUUGGACGAUCUAACGAUUAACGUUUCACUCCGACAGGUCGCUAGCCAAUCAGACAAAAGCGAUGCCAGCAAGGUAUCACAUCAAAUAAAGAGCGACAGGUUUUAUCGGCGACAGACGGCACAAAGUUUGUCGCCAACGCCGCCACUCCAAAACACAAACGUUCGCGGAGCAAACUUUGUGUCCGUAUGAUAACUUCCGAGGAGGUUCGCAACCAAGCCGUUUUGAUGGAGCUGCAAUUUUUUUCGCCUCAAGGACACGAAAAUGGCUGCGAGUGACUCUGCUGAGACAGUGCCGCCGCUUGGAGAGACGACUACCGGUUUGUCACAUGCUAAUGAACUUAAGACACUACGAGAAAAACUUGGAACCAGCGAUAAUCGUGACGAAUCUCACGAACUGAAUGCCGACCGCAGCAUCUCCGUGCAAAUGCCUCCUUUGAAUUCGAGCUCAAACUCGGUGGCGAAGCCUGCCGGUCAUGGCAGCUUUAUCCACUCUGAAAGCUCUAGUUUUAACGUGAAAAUAGAGCCUAGUGAUGCCAGCCAGAAAAAUAUAGCCGGCGAUCCGGCUCGCGGCUUUGACAGUGUUAGCAGCGAAAGGCCAGUCGGAUCUGAUCAAGGACUUGUGACGGAAGAGCCGUUAGAAAUUCAGUGCGGUGAGAAUGCUGCCCUGUUGUACGUGUCUAAAUUGUGCCAAGGAAGCAAAGGACCGUGUAUUUUAUUUCAAAACGACUGGCUUACACCGAAUGAGCUUCAGUACAUCAGCGGACGAGAAACUGCCAAGGACUGGAAAAGAAGUAUUCGCUACAAAGGAAAAUCUCUUAAGAGUUUGAUUGCGCGCGGGUUGAUAAAAGUUCACCCACCUAUAUGUGAUUGUCUGGGCUGCAGAAUCUCGUCACCUGUGGUAAGAAUUGAUUUUCUGUUUGUUAACAUCCCAAAACAUAACAAAAUGCUUUAGUUUGAAAAAAGAUUUUGCGACUUCGUUGGUUUCAAAUCUUGUAGUGUGAUGCCACCACUGAGAUAAGGCUGGUUUUAUGCCUGCUAGCAGCGCUUGUGGUGUGUUAUUUUAAUUAUGCUUAUUGUUUAUAUCAUUAUCGAUCUUCGUUUUGUUUAGCAUAGCUGGCAUCUUAGCUGAAAUCAAGUUCCCGGGCUAGGGCUGAGGUAAACGGCGCUCCAAUAUAUGCAGACACCAUUAUUAACGAUUGAAAAACAGCUUGGUUAUUCCGCCCCCGGUGCAUUUCUUAGAUACGAUUUGUAUUUUGGUACUAACACCUUGAAAAAUUAAUGACAAUGAGAAAGCACAGUGGAAGUUAAGACAAUUAUAUUCUGUUCAAAAAAUUUUGAGGGAAACGAGGGAGGAAAAAUGACCGAAACUGGUUGCAUGCGGUUGAUGCUUUUUGAAAAGAGCAUAAGACUUUAGUGAAAUGUUUGCGGAGACUAUCAAGGUGACGGAAAAGGCGGUGCAACGAGGUGAUAAAAUUGACAGCUUUCAAGAAACAAUAGCUCUUGAAAUUGUUUCACAGUUUGGGUCCAGCUGGAACGGGGGGCCUCUAUGAAAGAGAGCACAUCAGACGGUCUACAGCGAGGCCAGUCUGCUUUGUACAAAAAAAAUUAUUCCUAUCUCGGCUGGAGAUGUCUUUAGCAAACUAGUUGUGUCGUUCAUGUGUGAAAGUGAGUUGUUAAUGCUAUCUUUUGUUCUUUUGUUGAUUCGAUUGAACAGAACCUGAAAACUUUUGAUUAUAUUGACAUCGUAGACAAGAUAUUUCAAUCACUGUUUUUUAAUCAUUCCUUUUUUGUCAUUUUUACGACGGAACUUAUGUCUAAAUAGGGCAGAAUGUGACAUUCAACCCGUUCCGCAUUUGGCACACUUCUACACAUUAUAUAAUUACAAUUCGAAAUUAUUGUUCUAAAGGGCACGAUCCGCCCGGUUUUUGACAGAUGACCAGCUUGACAAUGCACUUGGCUUUAGAACGAAUGAAAAUAUUUCCGGCUCGAAGUUGAAAAAGAAAUGACAAGUUCACUUUUCACGUCCGGCGACUGAAGGUCAUGAAGUUGCCUCAACAUUGUUGAUAACAGUUGCGUAUUCUAGACGAAGGCUGUGGACACGUAUCAUCUGCUGGAUAUUGCGUGCAGAUAUCAAUAUUUUCCACGUUCGCACCUGCGUUGUUUUGGAAGGAUAUUUGAAAUCUUGUCGUCUUUUGACGAGCUCAAUUGGCAGUAAUUUCCGAAAGUUUCGCAUUGUUGAACCGAAGAAUCGAUAGAAGGGAAAAACCCUAGAGUGGUUAGCAUAGCUGCCUUUUAAUAUAAUUAAUAAAGCUUACGUCCCAUAGGUCAAAUGUCAGCAUAAAACACGGCUUUAGUUGAGUAGCUUUGGUGCGCCUCACAGACGUCGCGCAAAUUUUAUCACGUACGCACCAACUAUUGUAUUUUUUAUACAAUUCCUUUCGUGCUGGUCCACGAGAAGGAAAGUGAAUGGAAUUUUUAUUAGCGUAGAUCUCUUAUAAUAUCCUUUUAAUGCUUUUUACGGAUUAUCCUAUAUAAAGUGUACUAUUCCCGCCCGAGGUUCUUAACUUCGUUUCCAUAAAUGGAUAAAUAUCCUAACAUUUAUCGACUGGAAUAAAUCUCACCGUGAUCAGCUCGAUAUUCAUGUGGUACUUCAUGUAACGCGGACGUCCUUCCUUAUCUCUUGUUUAUUCCGCUCAAUAUUGUAAACACUGUGGCAACGCGCUAUGUUUAUAGAAGUAAGUAUUUAACCUUUAUUUUCGCAAUCCCUUACGCCGGCUGCAAGACGCAACAGCUUGAGGGCAGCUUUUUGUAAAAGGGCACCAUUCGUGCGAUUCUUAUUGCUGGCACAGUUCGCUAGGCUUUUUACAACCGACGUAAUAGUGCUUCAAACCUUUCGUUUAAUCCAUUUGUUUUCCUGGAAACAGAACCGGGGAAGAUUAGCAAGCAAAUGCAGUGUUUCCUCUCCGCCCUCUCCAGCUAGGAAACGCAAGGACUCUUCGAAGCCGGUAUGGAGACAAGAUGGUUACGAACCUGGGUUACAUUUCGUCGGUACCAGACAGGGCUCUUCAUCUGACCUAGAAAACUGCACGAGCGGCCAAGUUCGCAAUGGUGGCGGCGGUUUGAGAGAUUCGCCGGACUCAAACUCGUCCACUGCAUCGGAGUGCUCUGAGCCCUUAGACGACAGCCCUUUUUCGCCCGCAGUCGAGCCUCCGAAACGAGCCCGAAGUUUAUCUCCCCAAAACUUGGGAAAAGUCAGCACCAUGAAACGGCGAGCUAGUAAGUUUGGUCAAGUUUUAUUUUUAUAAUGAUUAAUGUUUGUUCGUUCACCAACUGCGCGGAUCUCCUUUCUCUAUCCUUGUUUAUUCCUUUUGCAAGAAAAUAAUCACUUAUCUCAGCUGUUUGAAGAGUAGAGUAGUCAAAAUAUCACCCGUUCUGGCUGAGAGCUUUGUGUUAGACGAAGAGAAUCUGUGAGAGGUAGUUCAGGCGUACACAGCUGCGUGAUCACAGAGCCCCGAUGUUUGAGUUGCAGAUAGCUUGAGAUCGUCUUAGCUUAAAGCUCUAUUAGUUAAAAAAAAAGGCAAUUUCGCAAUCCCUCAUCGAGUGAUAAAGUUCGAUUUUGCAAAACAAUUAAUUAAGCAUUUAAAAAUAUCACAUUAACUGUGAAUGAUUGAAAUACUGAAUUUAUAAUUUAGAUUGUCUUUUUUAAUCACUGCUCUAAAGAGUUGCAGUCAUUCUUGAACCUAUCUUUAUUGCGUUGAAUUGAUUACAGGUUAACCCCAAAUUUUCUAAUUCUUUCAAGAGGUCUUAUGAAGCAAAUUUUGCACUUGACGGGUUGCACGAAGGAUCUAGUAUCUUCUUUGGUUUGCUUUCUCAAAACAAUAUCAUACCUUGGAAAACGCCUGUCGCUAUUCUACAAGCUUUAAUACGUGAUCUAAAUUUAUGUCUUUAUUUUCGAACAAUGAGCCUAAGAAGUCUCAGCCAGGCGUUUCCAGGUUAGAAUGACGCAGAACGAAUGCGAAAGAAAACCAUAAAUUUUAUGAAAAUUGCAGAAGAGAGCAUCCAUGCGCUCAAUCAUGGAAGGCCUUUUUGGCGUAAAGCUUGACUUUUCUUAAAGAAUAGUUUAAUAUCUUGUUAUCAUAAUGCCAAUCAAACAGAACGUUUGUGCGUAGAUUCCUGAUCAGGGUCAAAUUAAGGCAAAACAUACCUAAAACUUCCUUGAAAAAGUUCCAGCUUACAGCUUUUUAAACAAAAUUCUGAGAAGUGCAAACUAGGUUCUUUGGUUUUGAUGCAUGUUGUUAAACUUAUAACUAUAUUCUGCUUUUUCUUAAUGUCAUCUUUACUUUUUAAAGGAAAGUAAUCCGCAGAUUGGGUAGUUCAAAACGAAACAUAACCUCUGCUUUCAGAUUUAUUUGUACAAUUCACUUACUUCAGUUUAGGUUUUUCUCGCAGAGGACACAGAGCAAAAGCACAAAGGACAGACAAGUCAAUGAUACUUGUCUUUUCCAUUGCGUGUCAAUUCCGUUUUAAAGAAGAAAACGCGUCUUUGACUUUCUAGUCUAAGCAUUUAACAUUGAUCAGGAGUUCUAUUAUGCAGGGAAAAAUAAUCAAGUCAAUUAAGUCAACCAAAUCCUCGAAAUCAGUCAAUUCCAGACGGAGAGUAAUUGAGCCGUAAAUAUGAACGACAGGAAAGCUCAGCAAAAAGUUACUUUGGACUCUAUACUUUUGCUUACUGCACAGUGUUUUGACCCAAUUUGUGCAGUGUACAUUUAUUUUCGCCACUAUAAUGUCAUUCUGGAAGCGAUUGAUAAGCUCAAUAUUUAAACUAACUUUUCAUUUAUGAACAAAUGUUUUAAUUUACUACGAUUUGGUGCCUGACUCUCAAUUGCGCGCAAAUAGGCGAAAGAAAUAUCGUCAUUAUAUAUUUGCUCCAGAUGCUGACAAUUCGAGGUCGCCAUUAGAUUUUUUAUUCUAUCAUUUAGUUUUCAUGUUAAACCCCCUAGACCUGAAUUUAAAGAAAACUGUCAUAAUUGCUUAAUUCAUCAUUUCAUCAUAAUGUCAGUACGUGAGACUAUGUUGUUCGAAAGGCAAGAGCGCUAGGAUUAGUGACGUCACUGAUCACGCACUGGGGUACCGGCGUGUCUGCAGCAAGCCUUUUUAUCUUUCUUGCAAGUUAGCAAAGAAAUUAAUUUUGAAUGGUAUCUCACUUUUCGUGCCUUACUAAGCCGGAUUAACUCUUCGCUGCUGGUUGCCAACUUUAACACCCGUUUUCCUGAUGUACUUUCAGAGCGGAAAUACGUUAUAAUUAACUGGUUACUGUGAGUGCUCACCUCGCGAAUGCAAAUUUCAAUUAACGACUUUAAAAUGUUGGCUUAUAUUUCUCUUACGUUGUCUUCUUAGACGAGAAGAAGAAAACAAAGCUUGCGGACGCUUUUUUAGUACCAAAAAUGUGCAAUAUUUGCACUGGUCAUGUUGACAUUAAGACAGUCUGCCAUGAGACACUAUAAGAUCGAUCUCGUGUGGUACCCGUGUAUCCCGCAGGAAAUGCCAUCUCCAGAAUUAACACAAUAUUAUGUGACUUUCCUAAGACUCUUUGUCAUUCUCUCACCGUUUUGUACGACAUGUUAAGAUAAGAAAUCUUUAGGUUGUAUUGCAAAUAGUGACAAUCUUUCGCAAUCUUGUCCCGACGAACAUUAGAAAAUAUAGCUCCUAAGUCAAACUGGGCUCCUGUUGUCAUGACAACAAAUACAUGAUUUUAAAAAAGUAAGAUUAAUUAAAUCAGUUUGGAUAUCUCCGAAUAAAUUCUUUUCUAAGAUCUCUGAAUACAGGAGCACGACUGACAUGUCAAUGACCGUUAUUUUGCCUUCUCACAAGUGUGUUAAGAUUUUCGUCUGAAAGUUACCGCUCUGUUUCGGCUGUUUCCAAUAUACGAGCCAGGGUGUCUGAGAAUUGACUUGUGAUGGAUACGCUUGAACUCUGGUAUACUGAAGAGGGCGGCAGAAAUCUGUCAACACACAGCUGCCUUAAAUUGUUGCUGGCUUCUUAUUUUACUAAUAAAAUGAGACACAACGCUUCAUAGAUUUUUCAUUUUACUGUCUUAUCAGAAAAUAGCGGUGUUGAAAUUAUAUUUAUUUACUAUAGGUUUCACUAGAUGAGUAGCAGAAAAGCAGGUUGAAAAGAAGCGCUGACUAAGUAAGGAGGAAAUUCCCUUUUCCUCAGCCUCGUUGAAUCUAUCUGUCUCGCAACAACUGGUUUUUAACUAACAUUCCUCUUCCAUCUGUUUCCCUUCUACAGCAGAUAGGUUCCAGUUUGACCCCAGGAACACGUUCUUCUUCAGAGAUAUCCCUCCGGAAUGGGCAAAUGCCACUGUUGUUGAUAAUUCCAAGCAAGUUAGAAGAGAUCAUACACCUCGCAUUUCUCCCUCACAAGAAACCGGGGGAUCUCCAGGAGGACCCCAAGGGGGACCUCAAGGUGCCUCAGGGAGAGGAAGUGCUUUCAGGGCGGUCCACCAAGGUGAGAAGAACAUUGUUAUGGCGAAUUUUUGAGACAAGAAAGAAAAAUGAUCUCAUUCUUGGCUACCCUUAAAACCCUGGUGUGAUACCCCUUGAGUUGUUUCAAAAAUUUGAAACGCUUACGCAGAAAGAUGCAGAUCAACAUGGUUUGUGUGUGGUCGUAUACUGUAUUCCUCGGCAAUCUCUCCUCAAAUCUCAUCAAAGGCAAGGUGAACUUAAGCACCAAGGAUUCAACCAAAAUAACUACCAUUAACCUUUAACUCCUAGAAGUGAUUAACAUGUUAUUUCUCCUUACGAUAUGCAUACGUUAUCCAUCAAACAGGUAAUAAGAAUACUCAAACUUAUCAGCAAGAAGUUGUUAUCUUGAUCUAACCCCAAAUUCUCGUGACUUACAAGAAUAUGAGUAGUAGCGAGGGGAGAAUUAAUUAUUGGCAAAGUAAAACUUGGUUUCAUUUGCGAUUCGAUAAGGGGUAUGGUCGAUUUCACGGAAUCCUUUUUUUCGGGACUUGCUAUGGGGUGACAAGAAAGGUUUUUUCCACUGACAAGAAAUUUCUAAGUAAGGAAAGCUGUAUAACCGGCAGCGUUCUAGCGAAAAAGUGUUUGUCAGUAAUAGUGAAAGAUGUGAAAACAUUUCUCGUUUUGAUCUUGUAGAUGCGUUAAAUUCGCACAGUGAGAGGGCUGCUGAAAACCAUGCUAACCAGGAUAUACUGACGCGUGAACUUACGGCGCGAGCAGGCUCAAACUCCAAACAACAGCAAAAACCACAAUCAGUCAACUGUCAACCUUUCAUCCCGUUCACUCAAUUACCCAGUCCCUCCCCCCUCGUAAGUCCAUCACACAACUCGCCGAGGUUGUUACCAGACCCCCUGCUUUUGACUUCACCUCACAGCCCUAGCAUUUACCAUCAAGCCCUGCGUGGUGGACUGCCGGGAGUCUCAUCUGCACUUCACCAGAGCUUAAUGCACUACAGACUACUGACACCUCCUACUCAACACAACCCAUUGACGCAGAACAUUCCUUUCCAAUCCUCUUUCAUCCAAGCCAACGCAGCUGCUGCGGCAGCCGCUCGCGCGGGGCUCCAGGGCCUCCCUGUCUCACAUUCAUCAUUGGUAAUGCAUCGAGGGUCCAGAUCUUCAUCGCCCAGGAACACACCGGUGGUCAACGGUCACUCGGAAGACAAUAAUUUUGUGACGAAGGCCCGGAUUUCGAACGUGGAGGAGGAGAGACCUGCUCCUGAGGUUUGCGAAAAUAAAAAAGAGGCUGAAAUCGGUAGCGAAAACCGACACUCUCAGGCAUUGACCGCUGACCGCGAUUGUGUAAUACGAAGAAGUCCCGAAGUUGCUACAGCCUCAGAUGAAAGACAAAGUCCAACAGCUACACCCAAAGCCUCUCCGAACCCUAAAGAAUCGUCACGAGUAUCACCACACAAGCUUGUGCCUCGUUUCCGACCGGAUUUAAACGAGAAUGUACUGGAAUGGACAGUUGAUGACGUUUGUCAGUUCGUCGCUUCGUUGACGGGGUCUGCUGAAAUUGCGCAUGCUUUCAGGGAGGAACACAUUGAUGGACAUUCAUUUGUUUUGAUGCAGGAAGAUCAUUUGUUAACUCGAAUGUCAAUCAGACUUGGACCCGCCCUAAAAAUCAUUGCGCAGAUCAAGAAACUCACUGAGAAUUUAGAAUUGGAAAAUGGCACCUCGAAUUGAAAGUUGAAUAUGCCUUAAAGAUGACGAAGAUCCUAGCCAGAAGAUCUCGUUUUCAAUUCAGGGAAGUACAGUAGUUUCGCGUGCUUAUAUCCUUGGCUUGACUGUUUGAAGUCAAACAGUAUUCAAUCUGUUUGAAAAGGGAAAUUCAGAAUAUAGUGACGCUCCAUUUGAACACGACUUGGAUGAAAAUGUUUGAUCAUUUAAAGUAAAACAAAAAAUCGUGGAAAAGUUCAGCGCCAUUUGUAUGUGCAGCGGUGUAGUUAAAGCCAUAGAAGAGAUUUUUUCGUGGGGAUAAUCUCACGACCCUCGUGGCUGCGCCAUAUGGCAAGGGCGAAGUUCAUUUGUAAUAUGUGCCAUAAUUAGACUCUAUUUCCGUCAGUGAUCUCCAUUUCGUCUAGCAAUCGAACCUAAAUUAUUUAAAGACCUCAGACCUCUCAAGGUAGGCGGAUUUAACGCAUUUUCAUUAUCACAUGGUACGUGAGUAACGCCCGUUCUUCGUCGCUAACUUGACCUUUUAUCACAGUUUUACUGACCCAGCGGAAAUCAUGGUCAAGAUUUUAGGAUUUCCGUCAUCUGUCAUCGCGGUUAAAGCGUACGUGCGUACAAAACAAUUAAGCAUUUUUUUUUUUAUCCAAGGAAAAAUGUGGCUGGGAGUAUAUCGAGUGUAAAAAAAUAUCUUUGUUAAGUUUCGACACAGAACCACAAACUCAAAGCAUCUUUUCAAUGGAAGUAAGUUUGUUUUCGAAAUGUGUAUAAACAGGCUUUGGCAUUUUGAGUUGUUGUUCAGAGUUUUCCUAGAACAUACAUGUUGUGCUUCUCUUUCUAGGCAAUCGGGGAAUGUGUUUUCUGAGCGUUUGUGACAGGGGCGCUUCGAAAAAAUCGGGACGACAUUUCUUUUAUUUAUAAUAAAAGAGUCGAUAAAAAUUGUCGCUUAGAGUCAAAAGCGUUUAAAAACGCUCUUUAUUAUUAUUUUUUUAUACAUAGCUUGUCUGUAAAAAAAACGCGAGUAGGACAAAGUUCUACAUUCCUGGUCCAUAAGAGAUUAGAUGAGAAAUAGCUUGUAAAUUAGAUAAUAUUUAUAAAUACAUUAUUUCUUGCGAUCUUAUUUGAUAUUGUUGAAAAAGGCAACUUUUAUAGCUUUCGCAUGUUCAGGGAACAAGCAGUCCUUCUUUCCGGGAAUAGUCCAUAUUUGAAGUGUCACGCCAAGACUGGUGAGAAUUGUGUGACACUCACCCACACAAAACGUCACGGCCAAUGCCUCGGCCGGUAAUGACCGCGCGUGCGCCACUCGUUAGUGAGAACUAAGGACGGACCGAUAUGCUUUUUCCGAAUCGAUACAAUACCAAAUAUGAUACUGACGUUUUUCUUCGAUAUCGAUUUCGAUGCUGUGACAUUAUUGAGUCGAAUGGUGAGUCACAUGAUUUGAUUGACGAAAAAAUAGGGUUAUUUAGCACUGUUAAUGUUAUGCAGUGUUCAGUAUUCCAUAGGAGCAUGAACAAGACACUCAAAAAUUUAAAACCCGAUUAAGGACGUUCUUAAUCGAAACUCACGGUUGUCGAUCGGUCCACUCUUACACCGUUCACACGCCGCUUAGACUGGUACACUGUAGCGCUCAUUUCCCAUUUUCGAGCCCAGAGUAUUUUUGGCUCCUUGUCGGUGGUUGGUCAAUGGGGUGAAUCAAAGCGCAGACAUGUCACGUGCAGUUUCGAAAGCAUCGAUACUCUUCGCUGGUAUCUUAAUUUUCCGAGUUGACGUCGGUAUCGUUGGUAUCGAAUAUUUGUUAUCGGCCCAUCCUUAGUGAUAACGAGUUUCUGUCCCAC